GAUUGAGUCAGUAGCGUCGGUUACCUCGCGUCUCGAAUUUGUUUCCCUUCAUUCCUACGUUGAUUGACGCAUUAAACGGCUGGGGGCCGAAAAUGGCAUCAACUCUUGAUGAGGAAAUCGAGGACCUCCAGACAAAAGUCUCCUCGCUCAGAAAGCAGAUCCGCAUCCACACAUCAACCCUCAUCACAGCCCCCUCCACACGGCUACUCCUCACAGAAGAAGAGCCUGCCACCCCGAGCCUCACCCUGCCACGCGCCGACAACGACAAAAGCGGCAGCGGCAUCUCUGACUCAUCCAUCAAACAAAAACUCGUUUUCCAAUCGGCCCUCCAACAAGCGCACAACCAACAAUGCCUGUAUCGCGCUUGUGCUAGCAUCACCACUUUUCGCGUGCGGGACCCGGACCCGCACGCCGUCGACGGCGGCGCCAUCCUGGGCCUGCGCAUUGAAGUCGUCAGCCGCGCCAAGUUUCUGCGGCCGUACUACGUCCUGCUGAACAGGCCGUACCCCGGGCCCGGGGGCAGCCGCCAUCUACGCGUGCAUCGGCAUACCCUACCGCCGUGCAUACCCCUUGCGGGAUUGGCGGGGAGGUAUCUACCGGCGCCCACGGUGGGAGCAGAAAAGUCGGGCAGUAGCGGCAGGCAGGAUGGCGAUGCAGGAGCAACCCGGGCCCCACAGAAGCAGGAUCUGGCUAGGUUUGCGCGGGCGCUGCGCCGAGAGGUGGUCCGCUAUCACCAUAGGCUUGGCAUCAUUGCGGAUCUGAAGAAAGCGGCCGGGCUGGGGAGGACAAGUAGCGGGCUCGGAGAGAGCUCGGAGCGGCAGCGGCAGCCGGCCGCGCUGGUGGAUAUCAGCCCGGCUGAUGCCGAGGCUAAGCAGCUUACUAUUGAGUGGGCCGAUGGGCGCACCGGUCGGCUAGUUAUGGGCGAUGACGGGGAGAUCCUCAAGCUGGUCGUGGUGGGCGAGAACGGACGGGACCGAGAGGCCGGCAGGGACCUGCUAGGCGGGGCGGUAAGGGUCGAGGACGUGGUGAAGCGGCUGGCAGCUUUUGUCUGAGUGCUGCCAGUCACUAGCCAUGCUAUGCACUUAAUGAUCGGGCUGCUCUGCUUUCUCAGACCUAACCACUGUGACAGCGCCGAUACGCCAACCAUGCGCAAGCACCGGACCCCGAGGCUGACCAAGGGAGGGGGGCGGCGGCCCGGUCUGCGGGCAAGACGCCCACCUCGGGGAACCACUCCAGCCAGUACGCGGUGCAAGGCCGGAUGAUUGCUUCCAAAGCCCAAGGAAUGACACCCAGAGGGCAUAGCACAGGCAU